CGGCGAACAAACGAGACGGGAGCGAGAGGCGCUGGCAGCCGGCUGCCUUAAGCCAGGGGCGAGCGGUGUGGUGCUCAAACGCUCCACUUUCAGCUUCGUUUGGCGGAAAAAAACGCCCCCAAAAUUUUACUUGGGUUUCGCGGACAACUUCGCCUAAGUGCCAGUUCUCGGGGCGGGCAGCGGGGCCGGCUCGGACGGGCUCUCCUCCGCUGCAGCCGAAGCCCUCUGCCCGGAGGGGGUCCGCGAAGGGAGCGGGGCCGGGCCCCGGGCGGGAGCCCCGCGGCAGCCCCCCGCGCUGCGCUCCGCCAUGUGCGCGGGCGGGGGAGGAGGCGUGUCCCCACCCCGCCGCUGCCGCGCCGCCUCUCGCUCGCCUCCGAGCCGGCACCGGCGGAGCGGAGCGGUGCCGGGCGCGGAGCUCCCCGGCCCCGCCAUGCCCGCGACCGCGCCCCCGCCCCGGCGGGGCCCCGCGGAGGCUCCCGCCCGCCGACGCUGAGGCGGCGGCCGCACCUGCGAGCGGCAUCGCCGGGGGGGCGCACAGCCUCCGCCGCGCCCCGUCUCCUGCGCGGCCGCUGGGGCGCCCGCAGCGGCGCCUCUCCCGCCUUCUUUCCCUCCCCCCCUCCCUCCCCGCCCGCCCCGUCGCCAAGCGGGAGCCGCCAGCGGUGCGAGCACAGCCGGAGCCGGGGCAGCCUCCGCCGCCCGCGCUGCCCCCCGCCUCGCCCGCCCUUCCCCUCCUCCGUCCCGCCCAAGCCAUGAACUUUGGCCGCGGCCCCUCGGUGGUGUUGAACGUCGGGGGCACCCGGUACUCCUUCUCCCGGGAGGUGCUGAAGGAUUUCCCGCUGCGGCGGGUGAGCCGCCUGCACGGCUGCCUCUCGGAGCAGGACGUGCUGGAGGUGUGCGACGACUACGACCGGGAGCGGAACGAGUACUUCUUCGACCGGCACUCGGAGGCCUUCGGCUUCAUCAUGCUGUACGUGCGGCACGGCCACCUGCGCUUCGUGCCGCACAUGUGCGAGCUCUCCUUCUACAACGAGAUGAUCUACUGGGGGCUGGAGGGUUCCCACCUCGACUACUGCUGCCAGCGCCGCCUCGACGACCGCAUGUCCGAGACGUGCACCUACUACGCGGCGGAGGAGCCGCCGGGGGAGCCGGCCGGCGGCCUCGAGGGCAAGGGCCGGCGGCCGACGGGAGCCGAGGGCGGGAAGUGGCUGGAGAGGAUGAGGAGGACUUUCGAGGAGCCCACGUCUUCCGUGGCCGCCCAGAUCCUGGCCACCGUCUCCAUCCUCUUCGUCAUCGUGUCCAUGGUGGUGCUGUGCGCCAGCACCCUGCCCGAGUGGCGGGCGCCGGAGAACCGCAGCGUGGAGGAGCAGAGCAGGUACACAGCAGAGUCAGUGAGGGAGCCCUCAGGGAUAAUUGAAGCUAUCUGCAUAGGCUGGUUCACUGCAGAGUGCAUUGUGAGGUUCAUCGUCUCCAAAAACAAGUGUGAGUUUGUCAGAAGACCUCUCAACAUCAUUGAUUUACUGGCAAUCACUCCUUACUACAUCUCUGUUCUAAUGACGGUCUUUACAGGGGAAAAUUCGCAGCUUCAGAGGGCUGGAGUCACCUUGAGGGUCUUAAGAAUGAUGAGGAUUUUUUGGGUGAUUAAACUGGCUCGUCAUUUCAUUGGCCUUCAAACACUUGGUCUGACUCUGAAGCGCUGUUACAGAGAGAUGGUGAUGCUACUUGUCUUUAUCUGUGUUGCUAUGGCAAUUUUCAGUGCACUUUCCCAGCUUCUUGAAAAUGGGCUGGACUUGGGAACAAAGAAUAAGGAUUAUGCCAGCAUUCCUGCUGCUUGUUGGUGGGUGAUCAUCUCAAUGACCACAGUUGGUUAUGGUGACAUGUGUCCCAUCACUGUACCAGGAAGGAUUCUUGGAGGAAUUUGUGUGGUUAGUGGCAUCGUUUUAUUAGCCUUGCCAAUCACUUUCAUUUAUCACAGCUUUGUGCAAUGUUACCAUGAGCUCAAGUUCCGAUCUGCUAGGUACAGUAGAAGCCUCUCUGCUGAAUUCUUAAAUUGACCAAACUUGCAUUCUGUUGUAGUUACUUGCUAAGCUUUGUCUUAGAAGAGAAUGGUGGAAGGUCCCUUCUCGUGUCCUCCUUGACUGGAUGGUCCUAUGGAACAACAUUCUUGCCAGCCUGGAGAAAGGCCGUCACCAUUCAGACAGGAAGGAUGGCCAUCUGCCUUGGGCACCUUGCAGGGAGAGGGAGUGAUGUUUCACAUUUGAGAGAACAAAAUUAACAAAAGAGGAUUCAGAACUCCUCAACCAGACCAGUUGUGUCUUCAGUUUGCCUUUCCACACAAAAGCAGAACAAAAAAUGGGCUUAACACUGAGAUCUGUCAUUCCCAUAGUUACAUCCUAUACCAUUCUAAGCAACGUGUAGCAGAAGUUUUUCAGAGAUUUCAAUAUCUAAAUGCUCCGAAGAGGCAUUGAUAAUUUCUUGCCUGAAGUAUCUCCACUUUUAAUUCAGAUAAGCAAAUCAGAUACCGAAGGAGAAUCACUGCUACUUUUGAGCUUCGCGACAGAGUAGAGCUGGUUCUGUAACUCAGGAGAGAUGAAGAAUAUAGGUCUGUAGGGCAAGAAAUCUUCAGUCCUGAUUCUGAUCUUUGAUGAAGCACGCAAAUCUUCUGUAAAACCAAUGAAGUCAAUGGGAUUGCUCUGAAUUUGGUAAGUCAGAGUGCAAGAAGUGCACCUCUGAAUGCUGUAGCAAGGACUUCCUUAACCACAAGUAAUUUCUUCUUUGGAACAAAACCUUUACUAGAAGCAAGUGUUGUACUUUAUAAAGAUCAGCAUAAAAAAAAAUCAGGCAUCGAUAAAUAUAUUUUCUGGUAGCUUAGUGGGGGAGCUAUCCAAAUCUUACAUAUAUUGUUUAACUCCAUCCACCUGAAGUUACAUACUUAUAAGCAUAGAUUUUUUUUUUUGUUCCCCCCCAUUUAAUUAAACAUACCAUAGUGAAAGUUCUCUAAGACAAAUUGUAAGAUUCCAUCAUUUGAAACAGUCUGAAGAAAGCACUGGAAAGCAAGAGUAGCUGCUCCCUGUCAGAUGAGACUCUUCAUCUUUAAAUUCUGCAAUCCUUACUGAAGGAUACACUUUAAUGGGAGUUUUAAAAACAACUGUAAAAAGCCCAGAGCAUACCAAAGAAAGUAAAAUAUAGAAGUGUGAGUUGCACUUGGCAAAAUGGUAUAUUCUCCAAUGUAACUAGAAAAUUAAAAUGAAUCAAGUUAGGUUCUGAAAUAGUUCACUACAUUUCUUGUGUAGUAUUGCUUAAUAGCACUGUUCAGUAUAAUUCUGAAAGGCUAGAAAAUGUGUAGAAAUGUGCAGUUAGAUACUAAAACACAUUAAGGUGCAGCUUUACAAAUUUGGGUACCAAUAAACAAACAUCAACAGGGAGCUUUCUUACUAACAUGGAAGUUCAGAGUCAUCAGCAUAGUUGAAUUUGGUGUGCUUGCCUGAAAAUACCGCAUUUACUAUUACUGUGCUGUAGAAGCAUCUUUUCUAUACAUAUUUGUUAAAAGCUUUAGAAGUAAACCGAGAACCACCUAGAAAACACACCUCUGGAAUUGCUUACUUGAUCAAGUCAAAGUACCACGUUGGUCAGUAACCAGGACAUUGAAGGCUCUACCCUGAAACCAGAAAAAUUCAUUAUAAUUUGAAGUGGUCUUAGUCUUAAGUAGUCUUAAGGAAUUACAUUGCAAACACAAUUUUUCUGAAGACCUGAAAAGAAUUUUAGUAGCCUUCUUACAGACAAGCUUGACUUUUCCUUCAACAGUAUUUCAAGACUGUAAGUAAUGUUACAGUCAUACCUCUGUUUCUUGCCACUGACGCGUUCCGGCGUUCAGAAGGUUAACUCUGUAGUUCCUGGCACUACUAUAUUUAUGCCUUUUAUAUCAGAAUCACGUCAUUCAGAAACCGGCUCCAGCAUUCCACAGAGAGGUGAAUAUGAGAUAAGCAAAAAUUUCUUAGGUGAGAUUCACAGCUGAUCUUAGUUAGGCAAGUUGUGACUUCAGAGACACUUAGAUGUUUUACACCAGCGGAGAUGCUGGCUCUGUAUUCCUGCAUGUGUACCUAUAUAUAUAUCCUGCAUAUAUUAUAUAUUAUAGUCAGUCAAAAUGUUGGGUUUUUUUUCUUUUCUCCUCACAAAAAAUUUCCUUCUUGACAAAAUUGAAAUUUCAGACUUUAAUCCAAACACAGCUGUUGAAGAAAAUUACAUUUUCAUCUUCUAAUGAAAAGUUUGACAGUAUCAAAACCAUUUUCAAGGAGAAAAUCGCUGUUUUUUUGUAUUCUGCUCCAAUUUCUUUCCAUUAAAAAUAGGUUUAAAAAGCCCCACAUAAGAACUUAACCCUAUAGAUUUUCAUAUGCUGUUUUUAACGCUUGGGAAAAAUACUGGUUUUCAUAAAACUCCUUAAAAUUUACUUUGUCUUUUGUCCAUGUAUUGUAUUUAACCAAACCAAUACUCCGAGAUACAACCACCCUCCCACAAAACACCCAAACCAUCAUCACAAUGACAAUAGUUUGAAAUCCACACAGAAUGUGAAUAUAAUUUAAAGGAUGUCGCAAUCUUGAUUUCAAAACAAAAUAAAAUGCAUUUCAGCACUGCCUAUAAAUCUAAUCUUUAGAUGCCUGUACAAAGGAAAAAAUAUAAAUUAAUGCUCAUAAUAACUUGUGAAUACCAAUUUGCACCAUGAAUCAUUUUGCAUAGGCAAUUAAGGACAGGAAGUUUUCAAAUAUCCAGGCUAUAUGUGGUAUACAAACAAAAUGUUUGAUCCUUUAUAAAGUGUUUCCCAGCUAAAGAAUCCUUUCCCAGUGUAAAAAGAUUACCUAAUGAAAAUAAUUGUGUAAAGGAAUGAGUCUGUGGAGAUUAUCUUAAGUCUUUUUUUUUUUUAACAGCUUAUGUUCACUUUUUAUAUGGCAAAAUGUGAACAGAAUGACCUAAUGUAUUUUUUAAUUUGAGUUAUAAUAAAAUACUAUUUUGAAACUGCUCUCUAUAUAAGCCCACUAAGGAGAGAUACUAAGGUGUUUUGGGUUUGGUUUUUUUUUUCUUUUUUAUUGAUGUAUGGUUAUCAGUGUGUAGAUUUUAGUUUCCUUAGAAACCAAGUUGAAGUAACUUGAUCUCAACGGUAGCCUUAAACCAGUAUUUUGUAGUAAUUAAAUAGGGUUACUGAUUUCUAGUAAUGUAAGUCAUCUUAUUUUCCAUGGACCAGUGUUUUUUUAGUGAAACUUAAAAAAACCCUAAAUUAUAUGUGUAGUCAAAAAUAAGCAUACUUUUAAACAGAUGAAACUGUUUUAGUAGAAGUUUAAUUGAGACCAUGUUUUAUGCAGACACAGGGUGCAGCGCUCUAUUUUGCAAUACAGCAUUUCAAAGCCACGUGAAGACAGUCUGGUUCAUUUCUCAUCGUUGCCACUUUGAACCCUAUACAAUAAAAUGCUGUAAGGGCAGUAACUCUUUCAGUAUCUGAAACAUUCACAGUUGGAACAAAUUACAUGAAAUAUAAAUAUAAUAAAACUAGGGAUAAAAGAAGACAGCUUAUAUAAUUGUGAUGCAGGCUCUCUGUUCAUCUAAAACUAAAACCAAUGCCAAUGAGUUCUGAACUGCCAUUGUAUGUUUUGAUGACAACAGAGGUUAAUCGUACAUUAUAUACUAGGUUCAAUCCUUAGGACUGACCUACCGGGAACUAUAGAUUGGCUGCAAUCCUUCAAGGUACUGCGUGCCACUUAAAAACAUUUGAUCAUUAAUGAAAUCACUGGAAUGGAAAGCUGUCCAGGGUACAUUUUCCUUCUACAGUUCUACAUGAAGCACCAUCUCAAAAAUCACAAAGAAUGGAGGAGGAUUAUCGUUUCCCUUGAUGUAAGACUUGGAAACGAUAUUGUCUUGAUGAAUAUCCACCAAAAAAAAAAAAAACUGAUCGAUGAUUUAAAUAUGUGAUAUUCAUACUGUACAAUGGCAUAUCCUGGUGUACAUAGGAGCAAGUUUGAGGAAGAUAAAAAUCCUGUCAAUGUAAGACUGAUACCUUGACAGCCAUGUAUUGAAAGGAAAAGGUACUGGGUUUUCAAAUCAUGUGUGCAAUUUGUGCCCGUAAAGGACUCUCUCUCAGCUUUUGUAGCAUUCAGCCCUCAUGUUUCCAAAAUAAAAUUGAAGUCCUUAUGGGUUCAAAACACUUGUGUCUUCCCCUCUGGGUACCAACCACAAAAAUCUUACCAGAUCUGAACGUCUGCCAGGAAGCGGGCAUUUGCACACACCAGCCAGCUCAACGCAGCAGCCAACCAACCAGCCGGGUUCCCGGGAACCAGCACAACGAACAAGGUCUGCUCUGCUCUGAAUUUUCUCUGACCUAAGAGGUUCAGGAUAAAACUACUGAUUAAAGUUUGAUCAUUUGAAGUACCUUGAAAAUAUUAGAAUUAUCUUUUUGAAUGAGCUUCUAAGGAGAUAUGUGCUGGAAAAUUAAAUAAGCUAUGCGUAGCAAGACAGAUUAUAUCGCUUUAUAAAAAACCUUUUAACUAGGAUUUUAAAAAAGGAAAUUGACUCUCAUUUUCUGUUAUUUGUUUGUAAAAGCAAACAUGCAGGUCAGUAUAUGUGAUGCUAGUUAAACUUGCUACAUAAAACUGAUCUCUGUUUAAAGUAAGUAGGCUUAGUGAGAGAGGUCUUCCAGCUUUGCUUGAGCUGUAGCAGUUUACACUAGCUGAAGAGCUGCCUCAGCCCAUAUGGAAGAAACAGCAAAAUGCUGGUUUCAUAGUGAAAAACUAAUACGAUGUAUGGCCUGUGAAUCACAACACAAAGCAGGGAGCAUCUUUUGCAGAUCACAGGAUAGGUUAAGCAUCAAGAAGGCUGCACAGUGAGCAACCAAGACUGACAAUCUGCUUGACAAGAAAUUUUAAGAGCCGCAGAAGAAUAAUAAUAAUACAAAUCUUUGGUCAAAUUAAUCAAGUGUGAAUGCUUGCAACUACACGUUUUAGACUCCUUUAUUCUUUACAAACGCAAAGGUUUAUAAUUUUGUAGAACAUUAAUUUUAUAUAUUGUUUGCUUAUCUGUAAAGAAAGAUGUAUACUAUAAUUUGAAAAGGAAAUAAAUGUGGUUUUUUGAUGUGGAUACAGGACUAGAUGCAUAAAAUCACAUAAUAAAAUUUGCUGGUCUUGUUGCUAUA